AGACCUUUGGUUUGUGAGCAUUGGUUGAAGGAGAUAACCAAGAGAAGUUGCAGAAAAUCCUACUUCGAAAUAUCCUGCAGUGGAAUUGUAACUGAAGAAUAUCGCAUAAUCAAGUUCAAACAGAGAGAGAAAGACAUCAGGAGAUAGAAAUGUACCAGCAUCAAGGAAAGAACAUCCAUUCUUCUUCAAGAAAUUCAAUCCCUCCUGAAAGACAUCUGUUCCUGCAAGUUGGGAAUGGCCCUGGGGAUUCUGGACUUGUCCUCUCAACUGAUGCAAAGCCUAGACUAAAGUGGACACCUGAUCUUCACGAGCGGUUCAUAGAAGCAGUAAAUCAGCUUGGAGGAGCAGACAAGGCCACUCCAAAAACAGUUAUGAAACUUAUGGGAAUUCCUGGACUUACCUUGUAUCACCUAAAGAGUCAUCUUCAGAAGUACAGACUCAGCAAGAACCUCCAUGGACAAGCUAAUAGUGGGAGCAACAAGAGUGGUACUGUUGCUGUGGUGGGAGAUAGAAUGCCUGAAGUAAAUGCAACCCACAUUAACAAUCUAAGCAUCGGAUCACAAACAAAUAAAAGCUUACAUUUCAGUGAAGCACUACAGGUGCAAAUUGAAGUGCAAAGAAGGCUACAUGAACAGCUUGAGGUGCAGAGACAUUUACAGCUCCGCAUAGAAGCACAAGGAAAAUACCUGCAGUCAGUGCUAGAGAAAGCCCAGGAAACACUUGGAAGGCAAAAUUUAGGUACGGUGGGACUUGAAGCUGCCAAAGUUCAACUCUCUGAACUGGUGUCCAAAGUGUCCUCUAAAUGCCUGAAUUCUGCAUUUUCGGAGCUGAAAGAUCUGCAGGGUCUGUGCCCACAGCAAACACAACCGACCCAUCCCAAUGAUUGUUCAAUGGACAGCUGCCUGACCUCCAUUGAAGGGUCACAAAAGGAGCAAGAAAUACACAACACUGGAAUGGGGUUGAGGCCCUAUAAUGCUCUCUUGGAGCCAAAAGUGAUUGCAGGAGAACAUGCGCUACAACAAACUGAACUCAAGUGGGGUGAAGACCAAAGAGAUAACAAAAUGUUCCUCAGCUCAAUGAAAAAUGAUACAGAAAGGAGAACCUUUUCAGCAGAAAGAAGCUGCAGUAAUCUAUCCAUCGGUGUCGGACUCCAAGGAGAAAGGGGGAACGUGAGCAGUAGCUUUGCUGAGGCAAGAUUUAAGGGAAGGAGGGAGGAUGACAGCUUCCAAGAUAAGACUAGCAGAAGGAUAGAUGCAAUUAAACUAGAGAACGAGAAAUUGUCCCCGGGGUAUAGGUUACCUUACUAUGCUACUAAGCUGGAUCUGAAUUCCCACGGUGAAAUUGAUGCUGCUUCAGGUUGCAGGCAGCUCGACUUGAACGGUUUCAGCUGGAACUGAGAAGGUUCACAUAGGGUAAAAGUCGAUCAGGGGAUGAUCCACCAAGGCAGGAUAAAAGUCAACAUGAAAACAUUUUGCUUUCUCUUUCGGGCCAAUAGGCUAGGAAACAAUCACUUAAAUCUCAGUUGAAUAAGUUGCACCAGCAGAUGUAGCUUGCACUAUAAUGUAAAUCAAUCCAACAAGUGUAGCCUUUCUAUCUUAUAUAUCAUUUAAGAGCUAAUGAAUUACAGGUCCAGAAAUGGAAACAUUUAACUAA